CUUUUUCUCCUCUUUUCCCCUACAUCCAUGGAUGAUCCCUCGUAAGCAAAAUUACCUUACCGACCGGGUCUCUCUCUGACACUCUCACCCACAGAGAGAGUCCUUCCAAAUCGGGCGUCCCCGUUGUCUCUCAAUCAUUCUCAAUUCUCUCGCUCCAGACUCGUCCGUCCCGGAUCGUCAUCGCCGAGCCCCGCCGCCUUCUUCUUUUCCUGUCUUGUGCUUGCUAAAACUUCCUCAGGCUUUAAAAAAAGGGCCCCCAAAAACAUACCACCGUGCUCACCCAGGAUGGAUCCUCCCAAGACAAUAAAUGGGUCGGCUAGUCUUUUGACAGUGACGGGUUUCAAUCCGCGGCACACUAGUGGGUUUGAGGAUGUCAGUCAGGCCCGGCCUGAAGAGGCUGACGACUUCGUUUACUCCAGAUCGUUCCUUCAGCGGCACUUGCCUCGGAGUGAGAUCGCAGUUCGGUCGCCAAGAUAGAAGCAGGUCCAGCUAUGAUUCGUCUGUUCGUCUACUUGCCAAAAGGAUGGUAAUCCUUCACGGAUCUUCAGCCCGCCCCUCCUUCUUCGCCGAAGAUUGAAUAAUGAACACUUAUUAUUAACUAUUACUGAUGCCAACAAAAGGGUUAUAAUAGGUUGUGGUAAUGAUGGCAUCAACGUGGACGGCUGGUGACCUUUCUUCUGGAAAAAUAAGAAAACAACGAUGUAAUCAUUACCGAAGUAGGCUAAGCAACUUAGGCCUCAGCUUAUAUGGCAGGGUCUUUAAUCUAUUUUGGCCUGGGUUUUUAUACAUACCCCAUAGUUGUGCCGUGUUGCCAGUCGCAAUGCUACUUUACCGAUCAAGAAGGGGGUGGGAAAGUGGAAAACAAACAAACAAAAAAAGGCAAAAGAGAAAAAGAAAACAGGCUACAUACCCUGUCUUUUGGGAUUCAUUACAUACAUUCAAACCAUCGUGCAAAGUACUACGUCGUAACCGACAGAUGAGAUCAUCUGGAAAUUCAAGUAUCGAAUAAGGAGGGGGCAGGCGAUCGUCUCACGGCUGCAGAGGAUGUGUUGGCAAAGGUCUGCAGAUUGUUAUCUGGACCGCGCGGUUCUGUUCGGGAUGAUUUUAUCGUCGACAGGAACGGUAAAUAAUCGCAAAAAAGGUUUACCCGUAGUUUUCUAUGUGGGAGGAUCACCUCAUAAGUAAACUUAGUAUUAUAAUCAAGUUAUCUUUUCUUAAACGGGUGACCGAAGCAAGAGUCAAUCAAAUUGAAG